ACUGAUGAGUAAAUAAAAUGGCGGCUUGUUGUUGAUGCGAAGCCGGGAUGACUGUGUUCAAGUGAAUAGUAAUAUUUACUGUCAAGUGUUUCCUAUAGAGGCAGAAAUGGCCAACACCUCAAACUCCAAAGGGUCCUUUCACCAAUAUGAAUUUGGAGGUAACUUUUCUUGGGAUCACUAUUUGAAGGAGAGCAAUGAGGUUGCAGCCCCAAACUCUUGUUUUAAACAGUCUGCAGUCCCACCAGUAAAUGAGUUCAAGGUGAACCACAAGCUGGAAGCUGCCGACCCUCGCAAUUUGACGUCCAUCUGUGUAGCAACAGUCGUGGGAAUUCAGGGCCCACGUCUGAGGUUGCGACUUGACGGCAGUGACAACAAGAAUGACUUCUGGCGGCUGGUAGAUGCUGGUGACCUACACCCUAUUGGUUACUGUGAAAAACAUGGCGGUCUGCUGCAGCCCCCUCUAGGUUUCAGAGCAAACCCCUCCUCGUGGCCUAUGUUCCUGAAACGGUCGUUAAAUGGUGCAGAAAUAGCCCCCGAUAGAUGUUUCAAAAAGGAACCAUCAAUGCCAAAGACAAAUGAGUUUAAGGUUGGUCAGAAGUUGGAGGCCGUGGACCGGAAAAACCCCCAGUUGAUCUGCCCUGCCACUGUGGGAGCAAUCAAUGUGGACCAGAUACACGUCACCUUUGAUGGAUGGAGGGGGGCCUUCGACUACUGGUGUAGAUAUGACUUCCGGGACAUCUUCCCUGUGGGCUGGUGUGCACAGAGUGGUCACCCCUUGCAACCUCCAGGGCAGAAAGGGGUGCCCCAAUACAAGAUCAACAAGAUGAUGAAAGACUCUUCCCUCCAGCUGACAGUUCCACAGCCCCUCCCCAUCACCAACUCCUCCUCCCACAGUCGCACCCCCCAGCCCAGCCCCACUAGUCCGUCAGUGUCCCCCGAGAAGCAGCAGUUGUCUCCCCGGGAGGCUGCCUCACCUGUCGUCACCGUCUCCGAGCCAGACACAAGCUCCUCACAGAGCACUGCAACAGUAUGUGUGUAUGUGAACCCCACGUGUCGACUGGGGAACUACCUCAACCCCCGCAAGACAUUACAACUACCUAGUCACUACGGCCCUGGCAGCUUGACGAGGAUCCUGCGCGAGGUGGUGCAGGGUUUGAUCGACUGCUCCCUGCAGGAGAGGGUCAUCUACAACAUGGUGAAGGAGGGCAAUGGCAAGGUCGUUGUGGCAGCUAACCAUGGGUCCCGGACGCUGACGAAGCGGGUGAUAUCGGUGGAGAAGGUGUCCAGCUUCUGGAGUUUCCUGGAGCGCCUGCUGGAGGACAUGGGGUGCUGUGAGAGCUUCCUGUCAAGUCAGCCGCUCGACGGAGGCUGUCCCAAAUGCUCCAAGAGCAAGAUGACAGGUGAUCCAGACCACUUUGAAUUUCCUAACCCAAAAGGCCCCCGAAGGAGAUGGUCCACAGAGUCAGGUGAUAGCACCAAAGGUUCCAAACCGCCAAAGUUGGCCAGGCGGUCAUUCUCAACAUACGAAGCUGAGGCCAGUUCCACUACUGGGGACAUGCAGCCUCCUGUACGUCCAAGUCGGCCCUCGGGUGACCCGUCCGAGUGGUCAAUAGAGGAGGUCAUUGGCUACAUCAGUGAUACAGACUCGGGGCUGGGGCAGCAUGCAGACCUCUUUAGGAAACAUGAAAUCGACGGGAAGGCGUUUCUCCUUCUCAACAGUGAUAUGAUGAUGAAGUACAUGGGAUUGAAACUCGGCCCUGUUCUCAAACUGUGUAACAUAGUGGAGAAGUUAAAAACACGGAAAUAUAUCUGACAUUCACCAGGAUGAGACUCAUUGUGUUGGGAGGAUCUUCACACGGGGUAGGGGGGUGGGGGACCCAGGCCUGGACUUCAUGAAGGCUGCCAUUCACCAGCCUGAGACUCAUUGUGUUGGGGAGGAUCUCCACACGGGGUAGGGGGGUGGGGGACCCAGGCCUGGACUUCAUGAAGGCUGCCAUUCACCAGCCUGAGACUCAUUGUGUUGGGGAGGAUCUUCACAUGGGGUAGGGGGGUGGGGGACCCAGGCCUGGACGUCAUGAGGGCUGCCAUUCACCAGGGUGAGACUCAUUGUGUUGGGGAGGAUCUUCACAUGGGGUAGGGGGGUGGGGGACCCAGGCCUGGACGACAUGAGAGGUGACAGAUUGCAUGGAAGUGGUGCUCACACCCCAGGCAGCAGCAACACCGGCAACAGUCAGCCACUACACUGCUGCCACUACAAUGUACAGACCGUCAUGUUGAAAUCUAAGAAGAUCUCGUGUUUUGAGGUUUUACUAAGGAAAUGUGUUGUUUCAGGGAAAGUUAGACGAAAGUGGUUAUUUUUAACAAAGUAUAAGGGUUGAAAAUAUAUUCUGUUUCCAAACACAACGUCACAAUACAAGUGUUGGUGUUUAAGAGUUCUGUCCAUACUGUUCAGGUCGCCGCAAAUAGCUGGAAAAUUGCUGAUGCGGCGUAAAACAACAUUCAUUCAUUCAUUCAUUCAUUCAUUCAUACAUACUGUUAAGGCUAAAAGCUUAAUCAUCAAAACAUACAAAGGUUGAUCAUCGCUGUGAAUUGAUUUUUUUAUAUAUGAAUAUUUUGUUUCUCAUUCUGCAAUCAACAGUUUAUGACAUGGAUGAAUAAUGGAUCACCAUUGCAAAGGCAAUUUCAUUUAACAUGUUUUGUUAAUAACAAUUUAACAUUUCAAAUGAUAGCGAAUGCACUUUAAUCUGUGAAUUUCUGGAAAAUGCACAGCAUAUUUAUGUAGAUUAAUUGCUGCUAUAACUGCAUUAUUCCUGAUAAAGCAACAUUUAUUCUUACUCAGUGAAGUUAAUAAGCAAUGUCUGGGGACAGAGUGAUGAAUAGAUCUUAAAACACAAUGAGUUAGCAAAGGAUCCCGUUAUGUUGAAGUUGUAUGCAGCGUGUCAAGUGGGUUCCUAUAAGUCAGAUGCUGACAUUGAUGAACACAGGGAAGUGCAAGUCAAAAGAUUUUCAUUUCAUUAUAACACUGCAAGACUAUUUAUUUGUACUGUGGUAUUGUUGACCCACCUGAUGUGUUUGUACUCUCCUAACAGUGUCUGUAAGCUUUAAUUCAUUUUUUAUAUUAAUAUUUUUUAUUUGUGUUUAUGUUUUGGUCCAGUUUGUAUGGCUUCUUGUAUUGCACAUUCAUCAAUGAAAGUAACAGUAUGUUGAUUCCUUUGUGUUAGAAGACAUACAUCAAAAAUGGAAUAUUCAAGGAUGAGAAUCUUCUCGAUCUGCAAAUUUCCUCAAAUUUUAGUAAACACAUGUUUGUUAAAUUCGGAUGAACCCCCUAUAAACACCUCUUAUUAUGGACCAGGCUCCAUUGAAAAGACAUUUCAGCUGAAAAGGAAAAUAUCCAUUCUCAUCCGUGAAUAUUAGAAACUGCCCUGUGGAGGCGUCGGCAGACCAGUAGACAGAAAGGUAUGGUAUCGGGGUAUGAAGCCAGAUAAUUCCCAUCAGAUAAUUUGAACGUUGUUGAUGGGGUGUUCAGCAGACCUGUAGACAGAAAGGUAUGGUAUCGGGGUAUGAAGCCAGAUAAUUCCCAUCAGAUAAUUUGAACGUUGUUGAUGGGUGUUCAGCAAUGGCCACUCACUUGUCUGACGGAUGCAGGCAGGUUUUAAUGGUUAACUUAAUAAUGUGAACGUGUGGUCUAGGUGUUGGGCAGACACGCCUGUAUGAGUGAAGGCAGUAGCAUCUGUUCAGUCAGUUGCAAUUACCAUCUCUCUGUUUCUGUAUGUUGAAGUUUGGUUUGAAGAUGGUGGUCACUCCCAUACUUUAACGUAGGCUUGUGACGAUCGUAGCAAGAGGAUCGUUUUGUGGAUCAUUGCUAUUGCUCACCUAAAUUGACAGCAGUGUUGCUGAUCCUGAGUUUGAAUCCCAGUGUUGCCCUGAUUACCAACUUUGGUCUAUGAAUACCAAGCCUGUGCUUUCAGUUUUCACCAAAGUUGUAGAUAAUGUGUCCGAACUACGGCACUUCGGGCUUUCCUCCCACAGUAUCAUGAUAUGACGCAGGUGAAAUAUUGAACCACAUGUCAAAGUUGUCAUCCCAGAUUAACCAUUGCAAGUAUUAAUAUGGCCUUGUUUUGACAAUCUUAUUUUUAGUACUAACUCCUUUAGAUGGUAGUAUAAUGUCAAAUACGGCCUCAAUAAAUUAAUUAAUAUAUUUUCAUCCCAAUUUCCACAAAAUUAAUUUUAGAUGGGAGGCAUUUUACUUUGUAUGUUUUAUCUUAAUAACAAACACUUGAAGGCAUCUGUGUGUGUUGACUGUCGACGGGUGUGAUUCACACAAAGCAGGGCUGUUUUGUUGGACAAGAAAAGUCUCAUCAACAAGAAAGAAUGUAUAGCAUUUUUCUUUGCCUGUAGGUAUUUCGGGACAAUAAGACAAUAAGAGGGUUGUUUUUGACCGGAAGGGAUGAAAUUCUAAUAUUUAAUUUAUAAUGGCCUGACCUAUAUUCUGUGCAAAUGUGACUGUUGUACAUGUAAGUGCAAUACUGUCGUGCUAUGUCUAGAAUCACUGCCCUGAUGUCAUGGUGCACUGUUAUCUAGUAUUAAACUGUUGCUAAGAAGUCAUGUGAAUCUCAUUUGAUAACUUAUAACAUUGUCCUGUCUUAGAGGAGAAAUGUAGCCAGGUGGUAGCUGAUGUUAAUAUUAUAAAAAAUGCUUAAUUUGAUUUUAUUCUUAAUGUGAUCUGAUAAAAUCCAGACCAGAUUCCUGAUUGAGAAAAUUUUUAACAUUUUGCAAUCUGUUAUUCAGUUCUUGCAAGGUGACAUAUACUGAAAUAAAUUAAUAAGGGAACAGAUAGAGAGUGAGUGAGUUAAAAUUUAACAUUGUAUCAGCAAUAUCACAGCCAUAUGUAUUGCUCAAACAUGUUGAGGAGAGGGUAGUCUAGUGGUUAAAGCGCUCACUCGUCACGCUGAAGGCCCAGGUUCGAUUCCCCACAUGGGUAUAAUGUGUUAAAUAUUGCUAAAAACAGCAUCAUAUCCAAAUCACUCACUCACUCACUCACCCACUAUUAUUAGCCACCUUACAAGGGUUGACUGUUUUGACAUGACUGUGAACCUAUAUUUACUAUAAGUCUACAAGUUCCCUUCUUGAGGCCCAUUAGUAUAUGACCACAUUAAACUCUGAGGUUUAUAUUUCAGAGAUACAGAAUCAAUUAUAUAUCCCUUAUCAAGACCUUAAGCAAUGUAGAUACAUUGAAAGAUCUGAAUAUGAAUAUUGGGUCUGUUUUGUGAGGAAUAUGGUAGCAAUUCCACACGUCUUCAUUUCUGUGUGCAGAAAUGAACUUUAUGUCUGCCAGUAUAAAGAACAUUGUUGGUCUCUGGUAACCGUUUACAUUGGAUCAGGAAUUGUAACGCCUUCUAUGGUGAGACUUACACAUUAAUGAUAUUCAUUCUUUUACCUCAUAUUUAUUGCUGCACUGAUUUGGAUGUGUCUGAAUGCAAGGAUUAAUUUAUUACCUAUUUUGACACUUGUUUACACAUGUAAAUUUUGUGCGAGUUGUAAAGUUUGCUAUGCAAGUUUCCAUUUUACAGCUUACUGCUUUGUAUGCUUAUAUUUUUCUAUCAGGUUCCCUGUAUUGAGCUUUUCCUGCCGACUGUUUUGUUUUCCUUGUACUUGUAAUAUGCUGUUUGAUGGGCUAUUCUAGGCACACUGGUUGUAGGUUUACACUCGUAACAGGAAACUUAAUAAUGAAAAUAACUAUUAAUUCAAGAAAAUUAAAUUCUUGAGCGCUUGAAAGAAGACAUUGCAAAUAAUGGACAGUGGUCGUAUUUAAGGGACGAUGUGAGAAAGUAAAUUAUUUUCAUCAUUUUUUCGGGGGCACGGGUGGCCCAGUCGUCUAAGGCACCGCGAUUCGCUGUGCAGAUUUGCGUCCCUUGGGCACGCCAGAAACCUAUGGUUGUGGGUUUGAAUCCCGGUUCGC